AUGAAACUGGAGAGCCUGAAGAACGGUGAUGAAAGCCUCGUCGUAGUAGAGUUUGCCCUCAAAUCAGCCCGAGACGAAGUUUACAGUGCGUACAUGCGCAGGUGUGACCUCAAACUGCGACACCUGGGACUAAACUCGGAUCGGCGCGUUUACAUCAACGAAAACUUGGACACUGCCGCGCCAAGAGAAACGACGGAUGCAGCUCGAUUUACGGAUUCGGCCACAUCUCCUUCUGGCUCGAAAGAGGCUCUGCCAACUCCAAAUGGACCAGAUUGUGCCGUGUACGCGAUGAACGGGUCAAGACGUGGAAAGGUGCUGAUCUUCAACCAUUUUAAAUUCGAUGAAAGGGAAAAAGAUGAAAAAUCCCUUGAGCCACGACACGGAACUGACGAAGAUGUCAAGACGCUGCGUGAGACAUUGCCAAAGUUGGGGUUUUUAAAGGACGAUAUUAAGGAAUUUAAGGAUCGCACUAAAAAAGAGAUUUGGGAAGCAACAGAGGAGUUGAGAAAUGAUGCUGACCUGAAAAAUUCGGAUUGCCUCAUGAACAAUUUAAACCAUCCCUUCUUCAAUCAAUGGCUGGGAAGCCUAAGAUUUUCGUAG